CUGGCUGAAGUUUUGAACAGAAGUGUUCUGUUGAAACCUCAGAUUACCUCCUUUAAGCUCUAGCUGUGUUUGCCUCUGGUGUAAUUCCACCGGCUUUCCUUCAAGCAGGAGCUCGUGUUCCUCUUUCACUCGGAGGUAUUUUCUUAAGCCACUGUCAGUUGUAGAAACUGACAUGUACGUUGAAGUGUGGCUUCUUCCACGGGGUGUACUCCGAAAGGCCAUUUCUAACAAACAGUGGAGAAAGUUUUUCUGAAAUUUCUCUUGAGCGUGUUUGUAUAUUGUUUGCUCGUCUGUUGAAUGUACUGUCUUGCUUAAACUAAUUCCACCCCUAUCUAAGUGAUUGCAUGUGACGUCAUUUCUAAAGUCCUUAAUGUGUGAAAAUUCUAGACUUUGAUGUGUGAACGUUGCCGCAUUUCUUGCGGUAUCCUUUGAUUUCUGAACAUUCUAAAGGCCCCGCCCACUGUGUAGCUCUGCGUGUAUUCUAUGUUAUGACAAUUAUUUAAAUAUGUCGGCAAUGUGACUAAUAAUAAUCAUAAUCAUCUCCAAUAAAUGUCCUUGGCUCUGUAAACCUCCGAACGUGUGGAACACCACAGCAUUUGUCAAAAGUGCCGCCUUUCGCGGAUUUACAAAUACCGUAAAACCCCUAUACGGAUGUGAAGUGCAAUUUCCGAGCGUUCAGGAGCCGAUCGAAUUUUUCCGAUAGGACAAACGGUUGCUGAGUUACGGCAAAAAGCCAGCUGAUCAAAGUUCCUGUGAUCAGCCGACUCGGCGGUGAUAUGCUACAUUUUAACCAGCUGUUCGGCAAGUAGGGUCAUGUGUGGAACUGAUAACCCCAAGCCAGGGUUCGGAACGGAUCACACGGUUACUGUACCGUCUGUGUUUUAGCCCUGUGUACCCCAAAGCUGCCGUCACCCCGGCCAAUGUAUGGAUCGAGCUAAUGCUAAUGCAAGCAAGCUAAUGCUAACCGCAGCUUUUAGCAGUUAGCAUUAGCUUUCCAAUUAGCGUUAGCAUUUCUGGCUAGAACGCUGUUGUGUUAACUUCUCUUUCCAGGCCUGGAAACAAGAAUCAUCAAACCAUAUAAGAUUGCCAUGGCAAGUUCAAAACCUGCAAGACUGAAGGUGAUUCUAGCAGAGAGCAACACUGAAAAACUGACUCUUCCAAAUGACAUACCAGACUCUCUGGAUGAGCUUCUCAGCAAGGUGAAGGAUACCUUUGGUUUAAAGACCAACAUCAGAUUGCAAUAUAUGGACAAAGACUUUGGUAAUGACUUCUUCAACCUCAGCUCAACUUCUAAACUUGAGGACUUGGGAACAGUCAAGGUGAUUCAAGAAAAAGCCAUUCAAACUUUUGUUGAUGUCAUUGAAACAGCUCCAUCUUCUUCUACAGUUCACUCUGAUGACAGCAGUUCUUUAGCCUCAAAUGACACUGUGAUCCUCUCCUCCCCUGAAUCCUUGUCAUCGCAAACACAACAAUGGCCAGCCAACUUUCCCAUUCCCAUAUUUUCAUAUCAGGAGGUGGUGAAUGAAGAACCUGGUAGAGAGGAUUUCAAGGACAGAUGGCCUGCUCUGUUCCAACAGAAAGAGAUUAAUGCAGAGUUCCAGAGGCUCAUGGCUCUUCCCCUUGAGCAGACUUCCUUGGCCCAGUUGGACAGGCACUCAAGUCAGCUGAUUGAAGUCAUCCAGGCCAAAGGAGGAGCAACACGUGCAAAAAUGGUUGGCAUCAUGAGAAGUUAUGAUGAGGUUUUCUCCAGACAUUGGGAUUCGAAGGGAAUGUGUUCUGAAAGGGCUCAUCACCUUUGUUGGAGAGAAUGCAAAAGACCUUAUUAAGGAAUACUGUGGCAGCAGCAGAGAUAAUGUCCAGAUGGAACUCGAACAACUCACCAUGGCAGUGUUUGAUUUGGAAGGAGGGAGAGGGAUUGAAAGAACCCCCAGAAGACAUUGGCAUCGUCAUUGAGGGAGUGGAGGUGUUGCAUGGCCUGAUUUCAGUUGCCUCAGAAUGUGCCCUGCUUCUGGGUUUGAUAUAUGCCCUUAACCUGGUUUAUCCAAAGGCUCUGCGCUUCACAUUUGAAGUGUUCCAAAAAAUCUUCAUGCAGCUUGAGCAGCACAAGAUGUCUCCCAAAGUUCAGAAUUUGUUUGGAAGACUUCAGACCUCACAGUAAAGACACUGGCAUAUUGUGCAGCAGCACAGAUUACCUCCUGUCUUCUUUGUUUAAACAGAAGAGUGCCAUGUUUUGGACUUUUUGAAGUUCUUUUGGGACAGUGUGCAUAUUAAAGCCACAAGUAAUACAGUUUAAUGGAUAACAAUUGUGACUGGUAUUUCUGGAGGAUGUUUACUGAUGAGUAUUAUCGUUCUGGGAGUAGGUCUUUUUUGUUGUUGACAUUUCAUAAAGUUAGAUGGUUUAUCUCUUUGGUAUUGUGUGGGAAAAAAAAAUACAGGUCAAGACCACAAUGAA